UGCCGCUAAAAUUAAGCUUCCCGUAUUUUCCUUGUGCGUUUCAAACAACCACCGAGCCACGUACCAAAGCAAGAAGUUACCACCGAAAAGAGAUGGGCAUCCCCGGCCUGCUGCAGUUCAUCAAAGAUGCAGGGGAGCCAAUCAAUGUGAAGAAAUACAAAGGCCAGACGGUAGCUGUAGACACGUACUGCUGGCUCCAUAAAGGAGCGUUUUCAUGUGCCGAGAAGCUCGCCAAAGGAGAGCCAACUGAUCAGUAUGUCCGCUUCUGUAUGAAGUAUGUAGACAUGCUAUUUACCUUCAACGUCAAACCAAUUCUUGUAUUCGACGGACGCAAUCUACCUUCUAAACGAGAAGUGGAGAAGGCUCGCAGAGAGCGUCGAGAAGUAAACCUUCAAAAAGGCCGGCAGCUGCUACGAGACGGCAAACUUUCCCAGGCCAGAGAUUGUUUUACCCGCUGUGUCAACAUCACUCCGGCCAUGGCUCAUCAUGUGAUUAAGGCUGCAAGGGCGAGGGGAGUCGACUGUCUGGUGGCCCCGUAUGAAGCCGAUGCCCAACUGGCCUACCUGACCAAGUGCGGUUUGGCUCACGCGGUCAUCACGGAAGAUUCUGAUCUUCUGGCGUUUGGCUGUCAAAGGGUGAUCCUAAAAAUGGACAAGCAGGGAAACGGCCUGGAGAUCGACCAGCGCAACCUCGGUCGAUGUCGCUCUCUGGGCAACGUUUUUACGGAGGAAAAGUUUCGCUACAUGUGCAUCCUCUCCGGCUGUGACUACCUGGCCUCUCUGCAUGGGAUUGGCCUGGGCAAGGCCUGCAAGCUGCUGAGACUGGCAAAAGGCUCUGAUAUCCGAAAGGUGAUCAAGAAGAUGGGCCAGUACCUAAAGAUGGAUCUAGUAGUCCCCGAAGAGUACAUGGACGGAUUUGUCCGGGCCAAUCAGACGUUCCUUUACCAGCUGGUUUUUGAUCCUGUUAGCAGGAAGAUGGUCCCCCUCAACCCGUAUGAAGAGGACAUCGACCCGGCCACUCUCGGCUAUGCUGGAGCGCCUAUCGGAGAGGACGCGGCCUUGCAGAUGGCCUUAGGGAACCUUGACAUCAACACAAUGGAGAAGAUUGAUGACUUCAACCCAGACAAUCCCAUGACACCGCCAGCCAAGCACCGAAGUCGCAGCUGGAAUGAGAGCAGCGUCCCCAGGCCCGCUGGCCUCAGUAUUUGGAGUAGAAGCAUCAAAGCCACGCGGGUUGGAGCGGCCCAGCCCGCUGCCUCCCCUGACAGGCCUGACGGGCCUCCUCCAUCCACCAGGGGGCAGGAGAGAAUCAUCAGCCUGACCCCAGUCAGGCUUCCCUGCACAAGUGUGCAAGUGAAGAGAGCGCGACAAGACGCCAGUCUAUCGGAUCAAGAUGUGCUGCAGCAGUAUUCCUCCGCUGUGAAGCGAUACAAGUCAGACAUGCAGCCGGAAACGGUCAAGUCGACAGCCAUGGCUCAGCCACGGCCACGCAACCGCUUUGCCACAGUCCUGCAGAGGAGGAACCAGGAUGUCCAGGAUGUCCAGGACCAGGUCGUAAGCAGCAGAUUCUUCAGCAGUUCCAGUCCAGCUGCCAGCAACCUAAAGGAAUCUGCUGAGAUGGGUUUCGCUCAUAGUGCGGAGUCCAAAGAGCCAAGCCCUACGGCCGAUCCCGACUGCUCAGAAGGCCCAGAAGCCCCGUCUGUGGAAACGCCCAGCCCACCUCAUUCGGGCAGUCAGGGGCUCAGGCUGUUUAACUGGUCAGACACUUUGCCCUUCACUGAUCAGACACUCAAACGGAGUUCAGGCCUGGCUGCCCUGCAGCACUUCCAGUAUAAGAAGGACACGUCCGCCAAAUCCUCCAUUCACGGAAAGCCCAAAGGGGAGGAAAAGCUCCAAGGCUCUCCUCCUUCCCAGGACAGCGGCUAUUUUUCUCAAUCCCAGCCUUCCCUUGCGUCAUUCUACAAAGACCAAACAGCCGACUGUGGCCCCAAGCCCUUCCGUUCUGUGCCUGGAAUGGAUUCAAAAGAGUCCGAGCAGACUCCCACGCGCUCACGCAACGCCAGUAGUACAUUUGGAACGCUACAAUUAAAGGGGGCAGCAGGUCUGCCAAAGCCCAAGUUGAGCAACGGCGCCACCAAGGUGCAGCAAGCAUUGGGCCCAGCGAGGGCCAGUGGAUUGAGGAAGAAAUCCUCCGCAAACAAUGAAAACAAGCCAAGUUCCCAGUCCACCACCAUCAGCAGUCUGUGGGAGAAUUACAGCUUCCAAAGGACUACCCAAAAGAUGACAUCUUGCAAGAAAGGAGACCCGAUGUUUGCCCUUCAAGGCAAUUUGUUGGCUAGUUAAUUGCCGAUACGAGAUAGUUGAAGUGAACGUGAGCUUGUUUGAGUAUUGACUGAAAAUGGUUGUCCAGCGUGCACGCACUAGAUUGUGCUGCUGAUAAGGAUUACAAAUCUUCAAUAAUCUCAGUGGAGACGUUACUAUUGUUCGGCUCUGUGAUAUAAAGUCGUAUUGGAGUUGCUGUGAAAUAGGACACGGAUUGACUAUUUUGUGUUCCAUUUUGUACCAAGUAUCUAGCUCUGAUUGGUCAUUUGGACUCUUGAAUGAACCUAACAUGCAAGUACAGGGAGGAGGUGCCCAAAAAAGUACUCACCCAUGCCCACAUUUCAUUGAUCCAAUUACACUGUGCAAGUGUUCAAAGUCUUUUCUUUGCCAGUCACCAUU